GGCAUUCUCGUCAUUCAUUCAAAAGAGUGAGCUUUCACUCUUCGGGCCGAGCAGAGUUGAAGCGGUCUGUAUCAAAGAUCGCUGUUUGUUUGUAAAUUGCAAGAGAAGUGUGGUUCACUCCUUUCAUCUGAGAAGCCAUUUCAGGUUCCCUCUCAUUGUAGCUUUGCUUUCAAGCUUUUAGCGGCGAAGGGGACACAUAUGCUUCUGAUCUCAUCCUCUUCUAGCUUGCUCGCCGUUUUCGAUGUGUCUCUAGAUCCCGACUCCAUUCUUUUUUCUCUUCUUCAUGGUGGAGGAGUUUGUAGCUCUGGCUUGGAAGCCAUAUAACUGCCCCGUCGCUUCAUCUUAUCCCCGUUACUAAGUCAAGAUCGGGGAUAAAAGAUGGAAAUGUGGCUCAUUCCUUACCGAUUUGAAGCUCGCUUUCCAGAUCUGCGGUGCAAGAACUUUUUCUGAAACGAAAGAAGGUAGUUUGAAGUGGUUGUUGAUCAGUUGGUAGGUUUAGGUUUAGGCGUACUGUUCUCGCGGUCAUUUUGCGUGUUCCUGUGGGUUUAUCUGAGGUUGUGUGGGGAAUGGAUCGAAGUUUUAGGGCACCGGAGCUGAGGGGAAGGACUCUGGCAUCAGUGAUGAAGGAUAAGGAAGAGGAUCUUGCCCUUUUCAUGGAGAUGAGGAAGCGCGACAAGGAGCGGAACAAUCUUCUGCUCCAGAACUCAGAUGAACUCGAUCAACCGUUAGAGUCGCAUCAUGGGGGAUCUCCAUUAUUCAAGAUUGUGCCUUCAGCUGUAAGGAAAACAGGGAUGGAUGAUUUUCUGAACUCCGACAAUGAGAAGAACGAUUAUGACUGGCUUCUCACACCGCCCGGUAUCUUUCCAUCUCUGGAAAAGGAGUCUCACCGAUCUCCUAUAAGACAUCUUUCUACUCCAAAAGGCCCCCCUGUUCUUAUGAAAUCUAGAUUGGCGAAUCCUCCUGAUCCUUCUUCAAGAAGCACUACAGCUUCCACGCAACUGAUGAACUCUUCUCUUUUGGGAAUGAGAAGACCCUCAUCUUCUGGAGGAUCUAGUGUCACUUCUUCUAGGCCUCUGACUCCUAAUGGCCGGCCUUCAUUGCCGACAGUAUCCAAACCAUCCAGAUCUUCAACUCCUACUUCUCGUCCUACAGUAUCCACGAGAUUAGCGGCUCCCCCGCCUAGAUCAUCCUCACCUGCUAGGUCUUCUACACCAGCAUCAAGAUCAUCUCUACCACCAGCCAGCAAGCCUUCAUCCAGGUCAGCUACCCCAACUAGAAGGCCUUCUACGCCGUCAAACUUACCUGCUAGUUCUGCUCCGCCAGGCCGGUCUACAUCUGCCACUAGGUCUGGUACUGCCACGAGUUCUGUAGCAAGGUCAAGUUCUUCAACAACUACUUCAAAAUCUCAACCAGCAAUGCCUAUUACUCGGUCCAUAUCCACAACUUCUAAAACUGCGGCUCCAUCUCGAGGAACUUCUCCAACUGUAAGGUCUAGACCCUGGAAACCUUCUGAAAUGCCUGGUUAUUCUCUCGACGCACCUCCAAAUUUGAGAACAUCAUUACCCGAGAGACCGUCUUCUGCUUCCCGGGGCAGACCAGGACCGCCCAGCUCCAGAUCAUCUUCAGUGGAGAAUCGGCCAAGUACAAGACCCAGGCAACAGUCUUGCUCCCCUUUGCGAGGAAGGGCUCCUAAUGGAAAUUUUGGUGGUGGUGGCGGUAGCAACAGCUCCAUUCCAGCAUUAAACAGAUCACGGUUGAACAACACCGACAACGAGAGUCCAGUUGUCAUAGGAACCAAGAUGGUUGAGCGGGUGGUGAGCUCGAGAAGACUGGCACCUCCAAAGAACGACGAGCUGCAUUCCACCAUUAAUUCCUCGGGUAAAUCCACAGUGACACCAGAAAGUGCUGGUUUUGGGAGAACACUAUCAAAAAAAUCGCUCGACAUGGCUCUGAGACAUAUGGAUAUAAGGAGGAGCAUGCCUAAUAACCUGCGGCCAUUGAUGGCUAACAUACCAGCAUCCUCCAUGUACAGCGUGAGGUCAGGGAAUUCGAGAAGCAGAGUAGUUAGUAUGUCAGAUUCUCCUCUUGCCACCAGCAGCAAUGCGAGCUCCGAGCAGAGUGUCAGUAACAAUGCAUUCUUUUUGGAUGGAAAUGAACUCUUGGAUGAGUUUUGCAGUGAUAAAGGAGGUAUCUCUUCUCCUUCAUUUUCAAUGGGAAGAUGAUCACUGGAUUUGUUUCUCUUGUCUGCCAUUUUGUGUGAUCUUGGAAGAUUGUUUCCCUUAUGCAUCAUCAAUUCCAUGGCAGCAUUGCUGCGUCUAGUUACUUUCUUGUAAGCCUUAAAAUAUUGAUUCCGAUUCUGCCUGUUUUUUAUAUGGUAUUUGUUCAAGGGAUAUUUUUGAUGCAUGUAAAAGAUUCGAUCACACUAUUAUAGAAAUUAUGAAGUGAUGCUCUCCUUUGGAGGCUCUGUUCGUA